CCGCGCUCUCCACUAAGAAAAGGAAGGGGCCGGGUCCUGCGCGCAGCAUUUUGGGAACGCGUGGUAUUCUGGGAGCGCGAGACCCGCCAUUCGCUUGGCUCACGCCUUCGCAGUCCCUGGAGUUGCCGCUGCACCGGAAGGGGAGAGUAGGCCGGAGCCGGUGAGAACUCUUUUCCUGCCAAGAUGUCUAUUGGUGUGCCGAUUAAAGUCCUACACGAGGCUGAGGGUCACAUCGUGACAUGUGAGACAAACACUGGUGAGGUGUAUCGUGGGAAGCUCAUUGAGGCAGAGGACAACAUGAACUGCCAGAUGUCCAACAUCACAGUCACAUACAGAGAUGGCCGAGUGGCACAGCUGGAACAGGUGUACAUCCGUGGCAGCAAGAUCCGUUUUCUCAUUUUGCCUGACAUGCUGAAAAAUGCACCCAUGUUAAAGAGCAUGAAAAAUAAAAACCAAGGCUCAGGGGCUGGCCGGGGAAAAGCUGCUAUUCUGAAGGCCCAAGUGGCUGCAAGAGGAAGAGGACGUGGAAUGGGGCGUGGAAACAUCUUCCAGAAACGAAGAUAAAUUUAUCUGUUGAACAGAACUUUGCCGUUAUUUUUUCUUUUAGGUUAUCUGUGUUCAGGGGGGUGUGUGCUUAUGUAUAUGUUCUAGCUUUUCUUUUGACAUCUUUCUCUUUAGAUCAGGGGAAAUGUUAAACUAAAUAAAUAUGGUGGUCCUU